AUGAUGAAAGUGCUUUUUGAGGAGGUUAAUCUCCACCAGAGCGCCUCUUCUGAUGCCCUACGUGCCCUAGAGGUGGCUCCAGCUCACAACAGCUUUCUGACUCAGCCUGAGCCUGGCAACAGCAUGAGUGUUUGGCAUCCAAGGACCAGCCUACCUUGGAACCACUGGGUGUUUGAUUUUUCAUCCACUGAAGUGUAUGAAAAACUGAAGGCACAGAGGAGUCUUGACAUGCAUUUGGUUGGAUGUUACCUCGUCGGCACAGAGCUGGCUGGUCCCCAGGAGGCCACACCCUCUGACCAAGUAUUCCGAGAUUCAGGCCGCAGCUGUUCCCUCCAGCCCAGGAAAAGUGCCAAAAACCGGGGCUCUGAGAAAGGGAGAGGCUUGGCCAAGGUCACAGAGAUAACUAGAGGACAAACAAAGUCCCCCGACUCCAAAUCCCGUGGGUCCAAAGUGAAGGGGGAGUUUUUGGACUCCAUUCCUUACCUUCCGAGGCUGCCGGGAGGACCACAUGGCCCAGAGUUGGAACAAAUAGAAGAGCAGAGACUCUACCAGCAGACCAUCCUCCAGGAUGGAUUAAAGGACAUGUUAGACCAUCGCAAGUAUCUUGGGACCUGUGUCGUGAAGGUGAAGGACCAGGACUUCCCAUGUCACCGGCUGGUCUUAGCGGCUUGUAGCCCUUAUUUCCGCGCCAUGUUCCUCAAGGACUCAGAAAGGAUUCAGGAGAUCAGCCUGGAGGAGGUUUCUCCAGAAGUGAUGGGCAAGGUCCUCCACUACCUCUACACUUCGGAGAUCGAUCUCAACGAGGAAACGUUCAGGACCUUUUUGCAGCGGCCAAUCUUUCCAGAUUCCAUCAUUUUCACCAUCUGUGUUUCCUUCUUGCAGAAGCGGCUCUGCCUCGCCAACUGCCUGGCAGUCUUCCGUCUCGGUCUCAUGCUGGACUGUGCCCGGCUGGCCGUGGCCGCCCGUGACUUCAUCUGUGAUCGUUUCCCUCUUAUUUCCCGUGACCAAGACUUCUAUGGCCUCUCUGCCGACGAGCUCAUUGCUGUCAUCUCUAGCGACAGCCUCAACGUGGAGAAAGAGGAGGUAGUCUUUGAGGCUGUGAUGAAGUGGGCUAACACCGGGGAUGACCAGGAGGCCCGGCUCCAGGCCCUGCCCACUGUCUUUGAGAGCAUCCGCUUCCGCCUCCUGCCUCGGGACUACCUCGAAAGCCGAGUGGAAAAGCACCCACUGGUGAGGGCUCGACCUGAGCUCCUCCGUAAGAUUCAGAUGGUCAAGGAUUCCCACGAAGGGAAGAUGACUGUUCUAAAGAGGAAGAAGAAGAAAGAAGAGACAUCUGGGAAGGAAAGAGCUGGGAUGGUUAAUGGAGUAGAUACAGGGGGGCCAUCUGGAAUGAAGAAAGCUGGGGAGAAGGAAGCAGAAGAGGCCGAGGAUGGAGACACUGUCAUCCCCGGGAUCCUCAAUGACACCAUGCGCUUUGGGAUGUUCCUGCAGGAUCUAAUCUUCAUGAUCAGUGACACUGGGGCUGUGGCCUAUGACCCUGGGACCAAUGAGUGUUACUUUGCUUCCCUCUCCACUCAGAUUCCCAAGAACCAUGUCAGCCUUGUGACCAAAGAGAACCAGAUCUUUGUGGCUGGGGGCCUUUUCUACAAUGAGGAUAACAAGGAAGACCCCAUGAGUUCUUAUUUCCUACAGUUUGAUCACCUGGAUUCUGAGUGGAUGGGCAUGCCGCCCCUACCUUCCCCACGUUGUCUGUUUGGCUUGGGCGAGGCUGAAAAUUCCAUCUUCGUCGUGGGUGGCAAAGAGCUGAAGGAGGGGGAGCAGAGCCUGGACUCAGUGAUGUGCUAUGACCGACUGUCAUUUAAAUGGGGUGAGUCAGACCCACUGCCCUACGUGGUGUACGGCCAUGCGGUGGUGUCCUACAUGGACCUCAUCUACGUCAUUGGGGGCAAAGGAAGUGACCGGAAGUGCCUGAAUAAGACUUACGUCUACGACCCCAAGAAGUUUGAGUGGAAGGAGCUGGCCCCCAUGCAGAACGCCCGAUCCCUCUUUGGGGCCACGGUGCACGACGGCAAGAUCUACGUGGUGGCUGGAGUCACCAACACAGGGCUGACCAGCUCGUCAGAAGUGUACAACAUAGCGGAUAAUAAGUGGGAGCCAUUUUUGGCUUUUCCCCAGGAACGUAGCUCACUCAGCCUGGUUGCCUGGCUGGGGACUCUCUACUCCAUUGGGGGCUUUGCUACCCUGGAAACUGAGUCAGGAGAGCUGGUUCCUACAGAACUUAAUGACAUAUGGAGGUAUGAUGAAGAGGAAAAGAAAUGGGAAGGAGUCCUGAGGGAGAUUCCCUACGCAGCCAGCGCCACCUUCGUGCCUGUCCGCCUCAAUGUUCUGAGGUUGACAAAGAUGUGAUGGGUAUAGAGGUCAGCCCUGGAGCCCAGACUGGCUGGUGUUCUCCCUCCCACCCCUGCAUAGGACAUUGAAGUGCAUUUUCCAGGUGUUACAUCUUUCCUUGAGGACAUGAAGCAUGGUAUCAUGGGAAGGUCUUUGAGCUUGGAGUCAGGAGAGACCUAGCUUCCAAUCUAGGCUCUUCCACUGGUCACCUGUGUGACCUUGGAUUGAAAAGUCCAGAUCCUCCGUUUCCUCAUUUGUAAAAAUAAGGGUAAUGAUCCUUUGUGCUGCUUUUGCUUUUAAAAUGGGCAGGGUUGUUUCUAUUCCUUCAUGGCCUCUCCACCCCACCCCCACCCCACCUCAUCCCAUCCCCUGGGCUGGAGGGCCCAGCAGAAGAGAUCAGGGACCAGACGAGGGGGCGGCUGGACCCGAGAGGUGGCCUUGAGCAUGAGCAGGGGAGGAGACAACGGAGGGACUCUGAGAUCCCUCCAGCUCCCUCCCCGAUUCAUGUCAGGACAAAGAGAGGAACCAGCCAGAAAGAUCCUGCUGGCUGCCUGUCAGCUGUUCAGGGAAUCAAUCCACCAGCUUGGACUGAAUGCCCAUUGUGUGAGGGCGCUUGUGCUUUACCCUGCCUGCCCCUUUGUUGCAGAGCCCUGGGCUGGGGGGGGGGGAGUGGGGGAGCAGAAGCCCUGGGUUCUAGUCUAGACUCUGUCCUUGACUCAUCCUGUGACCUUGGACAAGUGGCUUGAUCUCUCUGGGUUUCAGAGUCCUCAUUUGUAAAUUAGGAAUAGCAAGAUUUUCAUUGCUUAGUCCCCACCUCUCCCUACCCCCCCCCCAGGCUGUGAUUUGGUGGGGGCAGGGUUAUAUUCUGAAACUGUGUGUGUCCACACACCUUGGGAAAGAAUAAAAUUCUGGAGCAAUAAGACUCUGAGAGCCUAAGAUUUCUAUCAUUGAUUCCAAGAUUCCCUUGUUCUCUUGGCUGAUUACUCCAUCAGACUCAAUGGGCUUCCUGUUUAGGGACCCCCCCCCCCCCCCCACACACACCACUGAGGCAUCUCCCUGGAGCAGACAGGUAACAGCUGGCUUGAAGAGCAUAGAGAUGCCAGAAAAUUAAGGAACAAUGUAUGUAUUUGGGACCAGUGGCAUAAAACAUGCCCUCCCCUCAAAUGCUUCUGGGGCAGGGGGGUUAGGGAAUGGAGGGGGUUAGGGAUAGUUAGAUUGCCACCAGGUGGGCCAGGGGCAGCUGAGAGGGAAGGAAAUGUCUGGUAGUUUCCUGUCUCCGCUGAUUAUUCUAACUGGAUGCUAAGCUCACAUGUUUCUGCGUUGCAAAAAGACACCGUACACAGGAAACUGUAUUACAAGUUGUGAUAUGCCAAGAGCCUGGGGCACAGAGUCCAGAGAUAUGAUUUCAAAUCCUGUCUCUGGGAUAUCCUAAGGAACCCUGGACAAGCAAACAAAAAGCCUGGUAUAACCUACAGACCUCAUGGGUUACUAUGAAGAAAGUACAAUAGAAAAGUGAGAUAUUAUCAUUUCAGUUAUCAAAUUCUUGUGCCUGGUACAAUACUUUCCUUGGUAACCUGUGAGGUCUGUGGGUUACACAAGACUUUUUGUUUGCUUUACUCAAUGGAGAAAUGAUUUGACCUAUUCUCUGGAUAAGGAAACUGAGGCCCCAAGAGGGGGAAGGGACUUGUUCAAGGUCACACAAUGAGUGAACAGCAGAGUAGAGACUAAAAGGCCUACCUCCCGACUCUUAGAGAUCUUCAAUCAGCCAUCCAGAAACCCAUGAGAGCUUCCCCUGGCCCCAGAGUUCAGGGGGGAUGCUCUCACUAGGGGCUGGGGGCAGCAUUUCUGAAAGGCUCCUAGAGACUGGAGCUGCAUGACUUUGGACAACUGUGUCUUGGUGGUGGCUUCAUGAUCCAAGCUAGGAACAAGGUGAGAUGUGAACUGACUUUAAAUCCUACCUCAGAUACUUCUUAGCUGUGUGACCCUGGGCAAAUCACUUAACUUCUGUUUGCCCUAGUUUCCUCAGCCGUAAAAUGGGAAUGAUACUAGCACCUGCCUCACAGAGUUACUGUGAGGAUCAAAUGAGGUAAUAUUUAUAAAAGUGCUUACUUAGUGCAGUGCCUGGUAUGUAGUAGGUGGUAUAUAAAUGCUAAUUCCCUUUCAUUUAUUCUCCCAUCUCUCAACCACAGUUUCCUCAUCUGCAAAAUGGGGAUAAUCAUAGACCUACCUCAUAGGACUAUUGUGAGAGUCCAGUUUUGUGCUACAUGAAUCUUUUUAUUUUUAGAUUUUUUUUCUUUUGGUGAGGCAAUUGGGGUUAAGUGACUUGCCCAGGGUCACACAGCUAGUAAGUGUCAAGUGUCUGAGCCUGGAUUUGAACUCAGGUACUCCUGAAUCCAGGGCCCGGUGCUUUAUCCACUUCGCCACCUAGCUGCUCCGCUACAUGACUCUUAGUGGUGGUGGUGGUGGUGGUGAUGCCUCCUUUCCCCUCCAGGACAAACCUCUGACUUCUCUAUGAUUUGGGGGCCUUAGCUUUAAUUGUUUUAUUUUGAAUUUAAAAACCAAUAAAGGAGCAUUUCCUCAUACAUAGCAGAAUUUUAAAAGGGGAUUUUAUACAAAACUGGGAAUUUCCUUACCGUACAGCUUGCUUCUUAAACAAAGUAUACAAUAAAUUC